AUGCGGCUUCUUGCACGACUGGGGCGGCGUCUGCGUGCCCGUUAUGAAUUGGCCCGUGGGCGCAUGAAUUUGCGCCGGAUGAGCGACCACGAACUGAUUGGACGCUACUGCGGUUUGGCUUUUAUUCCUUUUACGGUGUGUGUAUGUGGCGGCAGUAUGCGGAGUUAUGCAACGGACCGUGUGCAUGUGGCCAUGGAGAAGCGUGACAAGGAGAGUUCACACUGA